AUGGCGCCAACAAGCAGGCAGUUCACGCUAGAACACAAACACAAGGAAUUAAAACGGAUCAAACGCGCCUCCACAAAAAUGGUGUUCAUCUUUUCGAGGAUAUCUAAAAAAUGCGCACAAGUGGCGUUAAGCUGCAGCCGAGCGGCUCAUCAAACAGCUCUUCGCGGCACCGUCAAACCAAGUCCACAGUUGGCAGCACUCUCGCCCAAGCUGAGGGCAUUCGUUGAGCGCAGCGCGUCCCUCUGUGAGCCUGAACAUGUUCACAUCUGCGACGGCUCCGAAGCUGAGGCGUCCACCCUUCUGCACCUGAUGCAGCAGCAGGGCACUCUGCGCCCCCUGCCCAAAUACGACAACUGCUGGCUGGCCCGCACCGACCCGGCAGACGUGGCUCGAGUGGAGUCCCGCACCUUUAUUUGUUCGGACAAGGAGCGCGAUGUCGUACCUUCGGCGAGAGCUGGCCAGAAAUCCGCCUUGGGGAAUUACAUUACGCCCGCAAACUACGAGAAGGCCAUCUCUGAAAGAUUCCCUGGAUGCAUGAGAGGUCGCACAAUGUACGUGAUCCCAUUCUCCAUGGGUCCAGUGGGCUCACCGCUGUCUAAGAUCGGCGUAGAAGUGACGGACUCCCCAUACGUGGUAUAUUCUAUGCGGGUCAUGACGAGGAUGGGUACUCCGGUGUUGGAUCUGUUGCGCAAGGAUGAGGACUUCAUCCGUUGCCUGCACUCUGUGGGCAAUUCUGGUGGCAUCCCUGGAUGGCCGUGCGACCCGCCUAGAACCAUCAUUCUGCACAAGCCCAGUGAAAAUGAGAUCGUAAGUUACGGAAGCGGUUACGGUGGGAACAGUCUGCUGGGAAAGAAAUGCUUCGCGCUGCGUUUGGGCUCCGUGAUCGCGCGUCGGGAAGGUUGGCUCGCCGAGCAUAUGCUGAUCGUUGGAGUCACAGACCCCAAAGGGCGCAAGCGUUACAUCGCGGCGGCGUUCCCCUCCGCCUGCGGGAAGACCAACCUGGCGAUGAUGACGCCCUCUAUGCCCGGCUACAAAGUGGAGUGCGUCGGCGACGACAUCGCGUGGAUGAAGUUCGACCGCAACGGGACUUUGAGGGCCAUCAACCCCGAGAACGGUUUCUUCGGAGUCGCCCCCGGAACAUCGGAGGCCACGAACCCUAUAGCCAUGUCCACCGUCUUCCGUGAUACGGUCUUCACCAACGUGGCGGAGACCGCCGACGGCGGCGUGUGGUGGGAGGGGAUGGGGGAGGCCCCGGAGAGGCUGAUCGAUUGGAAAGGCGAGCCGUGGGACCCCAGCAAGAAGACCCCCGCCGCCCAUCCCAACUCUCGCUUCUGCACGCCCGCCGACCAGUGUCCGAUCAUCGACGGCGACUGGGAGAGUGCGGAGGGCGUGCCCAUCUCGGCCAUACUGCUGGGCGGGCGGCGGCCCACUGGGGUGCCCCUGGUGGUAGAGGCCAGGGACUGGGCCCACGGGGUGUUCAUGGGCGCCGCCAUGCGCUCUGAGGCCACCGCCGCGGCGGAGCACAGCGGCAAGGUGGUGAUGCACGACCCGUUCGCCAUGCGCCCCUUCUUCGGGUACAACUUCGGCGAGUACCUCCGCCACUGGCUCUCGAUGCCACAGCCUGGCCGCAACAUGCCCAAAAUCUUCCACGUCAACUGGUUCCGCAAGGACGCGCAGGGUAAAUUCCUUUGGCCCGGCUUUGGCGAGAACUCGCGCGUGCUGGAUUGGAUACUGCGUCGCUGUGACGGGGAAUCCUGCCACGAAGAGACUCCCCUGGGCUACGUGCCGAAGGAUGGAGCCCUAAACACCAGCAACCUCGGCGAUAUUAACAUGAAAGAGCUUUUUAGCACCCCUAAGGACUUCUGGAAUCAAGAGACUGACGCUAUCGAGAAAUACUUCCAACAGGAAGUCGGUGAGGACUUGCCGAACGAAAUGUGGGACGAACUAAACAAACUUAGAGCUAACAUUCAAAAAUUA